GGGGCACGGCCAGGGAGCGGGGGCUUCAGGCCAGCGGGGAGAGGAGGGGUCUUUUCUCCCCGGGGGAAGAGGCGACCGUCGAGCAGGAGCCUUCCCCACCUCUGGAAGGAAAGUUACCAACUUUGGAAAAGUUUUUGUUUGUUGGGGGGGGGAGUCUUUCUCCGAAGGGGGAGCUGCGGGAAGGGGGAUCAGGGCUCCGGCUGGGGGUCCCUCUUAGAAGGCGCCUGGAUUAGCCUUCGCCUGCCCCCUCCCCACUUGGCUGCCGGGGGAUGCUCUGGCAGGGAGGCGGCGGCGGCGGCGGGCUGCGCCUCUUCUUCCCCUUCGUGGCGGGAGUGCUGCUGCUCUUGCGACAGGCGCUGCCGGGCGCGGGCGCGGUGUCGGGGUCGCCGUCGGAGCUGCGGGUCCGCGUCCGGCUCCCCGAUGGGCAGGUGACGGAGGAGAGCCUGCAGGCGGACAGCGGGGCGGACUGCGUCACCCUGGAGCUGCGCAAGGGCGACGGGACCCUCAUCACCCUCACGGCCGAUUUCAAACAGGAGGUGAAGAUUUUCCGAGCCCUGAUCCUUGGAGAACUGGAACGGGGCCAGAGCCAGUUCCAGGCCCUCUGCUUUGUCACCAGGCUCCACCGCAACGAGAUCAUCCCUAGCGAGUCCAUGGCCAAGCUAAGACAGAAAAACCCACGGACAGUGCGACAGGCUGAGGAGGUGCGCGCCCUUGAGCAUCUCAGCAUGGACGUGGCUGUCAACUUCAGCAAAGGGGCCCAGCUCAGUUCCCAUAUCUACAACAUCUGUUCCGAAGCCAAAGAGGCCAUCUACACCCGGGAAGAGGAUGCGAAGUUCUGGUUGGAGAAAGAAGUGGACGGCUCCAUGUUUGAGGUCCUGCCCCAGUCGGCCGACCUUCCCGACUUGCAGCGAUGCCGGCUCUGCGCAGAUCGUUGGAAGCCUUGCAUUUGCACCUAUGCGCUAAGCAUCGAGUGGUAUCCCUGCAUGCUCAAGUACUGCAAGAGCCGCGAUGCCACUGGGAAGGUCUCCUCCUACAAGUGUGGCAUCCGCAGUUGCCAGAAGGGCUACAGCUUUGACUACUACGUGCCGCAAAAGCAACUCUGCCUUUGGGAUGAGGAGACCUAGCCGGGCCCCUGGGUGGCCAUUUUUGCACCAUCAGUGCUUCCCUUCCACCUCUCUUCAUGUGGGUCUGGGUCGUGCUACCAAGAUGGCUGCCCAGUAAAGGGGGGAAGAGGCAGGGGCCGGACAGCAGCGCCCGUCAGGUCUUUGUACGAGUCUGUCCAACUCCUUGGCUGCUCAGCAGCGAACUCCUUCAGACUUGUGGGCGCAGGUUACGUUUGACUGCAACGUUGUCCAAGACGAAGAUCUGUUCAGUCUCGGGCUCUUGAGUUGGAGCUGUUGGUCUCAGGGCCCCCUCACACACACCUCUUCACCAUUGGCUGUCGUGACUUCUUCGGUUUCCCGACAACCGAAAUUGAACUGUGUCCCACUGCUGUUUCAUUUAAUCAAGAAAAGAGAAUGGAGGCUUUUCCUUGACAAUCUUCCAGAAAGAAUUUGAGACCAGACGGGUAUCGGGGUUCCUCCAAGCUUCACACUUUUUAUGCGUGUUUCAUCAGCUCAGGCGUGGGGUAGAGUGGGGACUUGAACCUGUGACCUCUGGAUCAAAGUGCAUGAGUUUAGAAAGUGGCUGCCUGGGUCAACCAGCAGAGGGAGACAAAGAGGCACAGCAAGUUGGCUGCUCCACCUUAUUAACAGAAAACUCUUGUGAUGAGGCAUCCCAGUUGGCGUCUAAGUAGAGGCAGACGUGGGGUGCUCCUCUACUCUGCUUCUCCCCCAUAAUCUUUGUAGGAAGAUCACAGAAUAACAGGACUGAUCCCCUGGAAACAAUUCCUCAUUUCCCAGCAAUGGCACACCUCCACCUAAUAACCAAUGCCUUUGCAUUUUAAUUAAUGGGCAACACAGCCUCUGCAGGAUUCAGCAUCAUGGCUAUACCAUACUGUGCCCAGCCUAUGCCCCUGGAGCAAGGAGUGAAAGAGCAUCACUGAGCCCUUCCCCACGAUCCUGUUUAGCUUUCUGGUACUGGGUCCUCCCCAGUAGGAAGGUACAACAAUCAGGCUCCAGUUAAAGUACUUGUUCUCCAUCCUUGCUGUCGUAUAUCUUCCAGUGACCGGGGAACAGUGGAUAACUAGGAGCUAAAGCAGGGUGGGGAGCCCGUGGCCUGCCGGAUUUUGUUGGGUUCCAACUCCCAUCAGCCCUGGCCAGCAAAGGCAAUGGCCAGGAAUGGUGGGAGCUGAAGUCCAACAGCAUCUGGAGGGCCACAGAAAUAUGGGAAAGGAAGCAUAAAGAAGUCCCAGGGUAGCCAACAUGGUGCUCUCUGGAUGAUUCGGACACCAUCUCCCUUCAGGCCCAGGCAACAUGGCCAACGGCCAGUGAUUAUGGGAAUGGUAGAAGGGCCGCCAUCUCCGGGUUUCAUCACCAGGGUUUCUCGCCCUGAGCUAACAGAUGCCAGUGAACGAGGCAGAGGCCUGCCCAGUGUGUUUCUGUUUCGAGAUCCAAUGCCCCGGUGCCUUUUUGCUCAUUAACCAAAAGCAACAUGCCUGUGUGUUUCUGUAUGCCACAGUCUCCCAAAAUGUGAUGGGGUGAACUGAUGACAAUCCCGGUUUUUAAAGUGCCUGCAGUGGUUAGACCAAAGGGGAGCAAGUAGGCGUGGGGAUAUGGGAUGGCCAGCCGGCAGCGCGGGUGUUGGAAGUGGCACGUGCUGCAGGGAUGUGUGGGCUUGCCUGGGUAGGAAGAGGAGGGCCUGAUUAAGGCAUGGAACUGGUUCCCCUAUGCUACUGCCCAGUGCCUCCCCCGCACGGUGCCUGCUCCCCACCUCAAGGGCAGAACAAUCCAACCCCCCUUUGGGAUGGGAUGGGGGAGAUUUAGGAUUGCAGCGAAACCACAUGAAGACGUGGUGGAGCUGGUUACCUGUGUGUACUACGGGAUGUGCACAUUGAAUGCAUACAUUGGACUUGUGAGCAGCUGGACAAAAAGGUUGGUAGCCGCAGCCGCAUGUUCCAUCCCCACCACCUCUGGGGAAACCGUUCCCUGCUCCUACUCCUUAGUUUCCCUUUAUUUAUAAAAUGUAACGGGAAAGUGGUGGCAGUCUGGUCAAUCUUACAGCACAACGCACAAGGCUGAGAUGACUUGUUAUCUAGGCCUUUUCCAUCCCUUCCCCCCCCCAGAUGGAUAUACAGAAGGCCAGUUUGCCAAGUGGUCAUUUACCACUUAGGGGAGGGGUUAGAUGUUGUUGGACUCCACCUCCCAAUAUCCCUGACGAUUGGCCGUGCAGGCGGGGGCUGAUGGGAGUUGAAGUCCAACCACAUCUGCAGGGCACCUUGUUGUCUGCCGCUGCCCACGGUGUCUGUAUAGCCACUUGGUUAUCCAACACUCCUAUUGAUCGUUGAGUAGGAUUUUAGCACGUGUCUCACUAAGAUUCGUAGUAAAGUGGCUAUUGGUGCAUUGACCCACAACAAUGGCAGAAAGUACAUAAGAGGAGCCCUGCUGGUUCAUACCAAAGGUCCAUGUGGUCCAGCAUCGGUCUUCCCACAGUGACCAGUCAGAUGCCUCCAAAGAGCCCACAAGCAGGGCUUGAAGACAAUAGCCCUGUUGCUCAUAACCAAUAGGUACUCAUUGACAUUCUGCCUGUAACCAAGCAGGUAACAUAUAGGCAGCACUGCUAGAUCCAUCCUCCAUUACUUUGUCUUAUUCCCUUUUAAAGCCAUCUUAGCCAGGAGCCAUUGCUGACACCUGGUAGCAGGGAGUUCCACAAGUUAGUGAUUUUUGUGUGACCAAGUAAGCAGAAAUCUUAAUUAACAUUCUGUGAGGACCCCAAAAUUUUGUUUGGAAAGUAUUGCCAUAUUUUCUUUCUGAAAGGGUUCGCGUGCCCUUUCACAGGCAGGAAUUAAAAAGGCUCACCUUUCCCCUCCAUGGAGAUGCGGUAGUGAUGGAGCAGCUUUACCCAUUUGAUUUCUGCUUGUCAUGCAGCUGCCUGAAGGCACAGAGGUGCUGGCAGGGAAAAAGGGUGGGCAGCCACAUUUUGGGGGGCAAAACCCCCACCAUAUUGGCUCCCCUUUGUUGAUGCCUCCUUGUCGGAAGGCAGAGCUGGGGUCCCAAUCCCGGGGAGCUGGAUCCCGGAGAGUUGGGAGAAGAGUAUUCAGAUGGAUGGCAGAGGGAAGGGGGAGGAACUUCCCCCCUUUGGAGCGAAGACGAAACAGAGGAACUGCCAGUGAUAAGGUCGCUUAGCAACGGGGAGCCUGAGCCCUCCCUGGACAUUCUCACGCCUCCCCCUCUUUCAGGCUCAGAGCAAGAGGGGAAAGAGGGAGGGCUGCUCACAGCCGAAAAGCGGGGAGGCAGUUUACCAUCAGCCCCUCCCCUUUCCCCCAUCCUGGAAUCGGAAACUUCAGAAGAGGAGGGGGUGAUGCUUCCCCCCUCACCGCGCACACGCAGACAGCUGAAAAGACAGGAGAGAAGGGGGGGAAGGCGGGCAGUACCUGAGGGGCAGUUA